AUGACCCGAACCCGAGCGAUGAAAGAGUUCUGCAAACGCCGACCCCCGACCUUUCAUGGAGAUACUAACCCCAUCGUGGCCGAGACAUGGCUGAAUGAAGUCAAGAUGAUCCUUAGAACCUUAGGGAUUACCCGUGAUGGAGAUCGUGUGGCCUUAGCCACGUACCAGCUGAAAGGAGAGGCUCGUUAUUCGUGGGACCUGAUGGAGACGAUGCAUACUGUAGCCGCUAUGACCUUCGCUGAGUUCGAAACCUUAUUCCUCAGCAAAUACUUUCCCACGCCCCUCCGCCUAGCCAAAGAACAAGAGUUCCUGAACCUAAAACAAGGAACCUUGACCGUCACCCAAUACGCGGCCAAGCAUGAAGAGCUAUCCCCCUUCACCACCUACGUGGAAGUGGUGGAGUGUGCGCUUUGGCUAGAGAGUCAAGAGCUGGACUUCAAAACUCGAUGGAGGAAGGCGAAUAACAACACUGGUGGGUCGAUCCGAACCCAACCACCCGGCACCAACCGUGGACCCUACCCCACCAAACCCUCUAACCUGCCGCAAAAUAACCAACCUUGGAAAACUACUACCCCCGAGCGUGGCAAACAACAGAGAAAUGGUCGGGACAUAGAGACAAUUCAGUGCUACAAGUGUCAGGCUAUGGCCCACUACCGGCAGCAAUGCCCGCAACCUCAAAAGGAGAGGAAUGAGAGCUUUGGAAAUCAGAAAACUCAACAACUCGGACAUACCGGUUUUGUGAAGCAAAGCCCUGGAGGCUCAUCACAGCAGCAGAAUGGGCAGAAUAAGGGAAAGUAG